AUGGGAGGUACGUUGGCCCUAGAAACGGAUAUACCACUCGCUUUCAACGCAAGGAUCUGUGUCCUGGCGGCCUGCCUUCUGAUGGCCUCGCAGGCCAGCGGCUACACGAUGGAGCAGAUGUGUGCCCAGUGGUCGGGCGAGGGAUACGUAGGCAAUCCGAGCAACUGCCGCGCCUGGGGAUACUGCAGGGCGCAGCAGCUGGUGUCAUGGAAUACCUGCGACGACGACCUGAUCUUCAACCCGCAGACGGGAAAAUGUUCCGAUCCCUCGACGACGAUAUGCACCACCAGUGCUAAUCGAACUUGCACAGCGGCCGCCUCGCCCAUGUAUGUGGCCGAUCCGCUCAACUGCACCCAGUAUUGCUACUGUGACGGCAAGGGAGGACUCUCCUACGGCAACUGCGGCAAGGGUGGUGUCUACCAGGCCAGCACCAAGUCCUGUGUGUGGGGACCUGCCUGCCCGCAGGACACCAUCUGCCGGUUCAUGUUGUCGAACAUCUUUGUCGGCGAUCCGGAGAACUGCGGUUCCUACUAUAACUGCGUGAAUGGCUAUGGAACCUCCGCCAAAUGCGCCGAUGGUCUGUACUAUAAUGUUGUGAACGGCCUGUGCCAGUCGACCAAUCCCUGCACCAGCAGCGAUAACACCAAUGGAAACACCGGCCAGUUUACGGUUGGGUAUAAAAAUGCAGAUAUAUGCAAUAUUACAAACUUUGAAGAUGCAGAGGAUGUCUUUUUGGGCAAUAACACUACGGCAGAGACCUAUAAGUACGUCUCUGACUUUACCACCUGCUAUGGGUUCUACUUUUGUUCAGCAGAAAAUGCCACUGGUGUUUGGAACCAAUGUCCCACCGGUACCCAAUUCAAUCCCAAAGCGGCCAAGUGCGUUUCGCCGGCCUCCUAUGCCUGUCCCUACAACCGAUGUGGCAACGUAGAGAGCACCUUCAUGGCCGCAUUGAACACCACCUGCCAGAGCUACACCAUCUGCUCCAGCGGAUUGACCGGAACUUGCCCCACCACCUCGCGGUACUACGACGAAGUCAACAAUAUUUGCACCACAACUAAGCCCGAUUACACCAUUUGCGGAUCGACCUAAGUUUGGGCCGAAAUACCUUAUUCAACAUCCAGUUAUAUAAAAUAACAAAAUUCCCUUCAGUGUCUUGAACUCUACCCCUGGGAAAAGUAUUCAAAAUAAAUAAAUAAAAAAAAUCCUCGACAUCGACCUUUCGAUUUCGUUUGAAAUA